AUGGGUCAGAGCAUGUCAUGGCUGUCCGGCUUGUUGUGGGCAAAGAAGGAAAUAAGGAUACUGAUUUUAGGCUUGGACAACGCCGGCAAGACAACACUCCUGUACAGACUCAAGAUAGGAGAGGUGGUGACAACGAUUCCAACGAUUGGGUUCAACGUCGAAUCUGUGACUUAUAAGAACCUCAACUUCAAUGUCUGGGACCUUGGUGGCCAAACAAGCAUCAGGCCAUACUGGAGGUGCUACUACGCCAACACGGCAGCGGUCAUCUUCGUCGUGGACUCCACCGAUAUAGAACGCCUACAAACAGCAGCAGACGAGCUGGCAGCCAUGCUUAACGAGGAGGAGCUGAAGGAUGCCGCACUGUUGGUGUUCGCGAAUAAACAAGACCAGCCAGGCGCAAAGGGGGCAGGCGACAUCUCACAGGCGCUGCGGCUUGGCGAGUUGAGGGACAGGAACUGGAGCAUCAUGGCAUGCUCCGCGGUGGACGGGAGCGGUGUGUCGGAAGGCAUGGAUUGGCUGGUGCAAACCGUCUCCCAAGAAUAGAUAUCGAGAGGAAAGGGCCUUCAAAAGUGCCCUUCCUUCCUAUCGACUCCCCUCUUGCCUCCUUGGGUAGCAGACGACAGAACGACAACACCUUGGCGAACUAGGUGGGAUGCUGAGCUCAGCAACGGCGUUUAUUGGGCAGACGGGAAAGCAUUUUUUUGAUGAUAGUCUCCCGGGCGAAGGGACAGCGGCUGCGUUGCAUGGUAGGGAAUGGCUGACGCAUGUACGUACAUACAAUUUUGUGUGAUAUCACGGUUUAAUGAAGAUAGACGCACGGACGUUUCUUUCUGGCG